GGCCGGAACAGGCCGAAUCACAGAUAGAUGGAACUAGAUCAUGCAUAGCAAAUCAGCAAGUUCUUUUCUAGGCAGCCAAGUGAUGGAUGUAACUGCAUCUCACUUGUCACCGUCUCGUGGAUCGGUGGCGCCACGGCGGUGGUCUCGAGCGGCCGCGCGGCCGACGGUUCUGGUGAUCAUGGUGAGCGUGGUGGCUGCCCUGCUCAUGAUGGCCGCCGUCUGCGGCCGGCUGAUGCCGUUCACCGGCGGCAAUACCUGGGUGCCGCCGGGAGUACGCGCCGCCGUGAACGCCGGCGCCGGUCCAAUGGCGACAGUGCCAGAUCCCCGCGACCGGCUUCUAGGCGGCCUCCUUUCCCCAGACUUCGAUGACAGCUCCUGCCUCAGCCGCUACCGCGCCGCGCUCUACAGGCGGCCGUCACUGCAUGCCAUCUCGUCUUACCUCGUCUCCGCGCUCCGCCGUUACGAGUCGCUGCACCGCCGCUGCGGCCCCGGCACCCCCGCCUACGCGCGCGCCGUCGAACGCCUUCGCACGCCGCCGAACGCCUCCUCUACUACUACUAACUCCUCUGCAGGAGGGUGCAGCUACGUCGUGUGGAACCCGACCGAGGGCCUGGGCAACCGCAUCCUCUCCAUCACCUCCGCCUUCCUCUACGCGCUACUCACCGACCGCGUGCUCCUUCUCCACCGCGGCGGCAACGACCUCGACGACCUCUUGUGCGAGCCAUUCCCGGGCUCCACGUGGAUCCUGCCAGCAGACAAGGACUUCCCUAUCCGUGACAUCGAGCGGCUCACCGACCGGAACCACCACGAGAGCCUCGGCUCCGUGCUGAGGCGCGGCGAGGACCCCGGCGUGGCGCCAUGGCUUUACCUGCACCUGCGCCACGACUACAGCGGGGCCUACCACGACCAGCUAUUCUUCUGCGACGACGUGCAGGCCCAGCUGAGGCGCGUGCCAUGGCUCGUGUUCUUGUCGGACAACUACAUCGUUCCGGGGCUGUUCCUGAUCCCGCGGUACGUGGGGGAGCUCGCGCGCAUGUUCCCGCGCCGCGACGUCGUGUUCCAUCACCUCGGCCGUUACCUGUUCAGCCCGAGCAACACGGUGUGGGACAUGGUGAUGCGGUACCACGGCUCGUACUUCGCCAAGGCGGACGAGCGCGUGGGGAUCCAGGUGCGCAAGUUCCCUUGGUGGGCGCCCAUCUCCACCGACGAGCUCUACGGCCAGAUCCUCAACUGCUCGCAACGCGAGGACAUCCUGCCCGGCGUCGGUGUGCGUGUGCCCGCGGACGACAAAACCACCGGCGCCGCGAACUCCAGCGGCCAGCCGGCAAAACAGAAGGCCGUACUCGUCGCGUCCCUGCACGGCGAGUACUCUGAGAAGCUCAGGGGCCUGUACCACGAGCACGGACCAUCGGGCGGGGAGGUGGUGAGCGUGUACCAGCCGACGCAACUGGGCUGGCAGCAAUCCGGCGAGCAGCAGCACAACCAGAUGGCCCUCGCGGAGAUGGUGCUGCUCAGCUUCUCGGACGCGGUGGUCACCACCGCCGUCUCCACAUUUGGAUACGUCGGCCAGGGACUAGCGGGUCUGAGACCGUGGGUGCUCAUGAGCCCCGCAGAUGGGAAGGCGCCCGAGCCGCCGUGCCGGCGCGCCGCUACCAUCGAGCCGUGCUUCCAUGCGCCGCCGAACUACAAUUGCCGGGCCAAGGCCAACGGUGACGCCGGCAGGAUAGUGCGGCACAUCCGACACUGCGAGGACUUCCCGCAGGGUGUGCAGUUAAUGGAGUGAUUGUUCUGUUUU